AACAGGCAGCUCACGUUUGUCUUUAAAGUUAAUAUACAUCGUUUAAGUAAAUAUCCCAUGGAUUUGGAGACGGGAACAUAUGAGCCUGGCUUUGUUGGGAUACGGUUUUGCCAAGAAUGUAAUAACAUGUUGUAUCCUAAAGAAGACAAAGAAAACCGUAUCCUGCUUUAUGCGUGUAGAAACUGUGACUACCAACAAGAGGCAGACAAUAGCUGUAUAUACGUCAACAAGAUCACGCAUGAAGUCGAUGAGUUGACUCAAAUUAUUGCUGAUGUUUCUCAAGACCCCACAUUACCAAGAACAGAAGAUCAUCCUUGUCCAAAAUGCGGUCACAAGGAGGCAGUGUUUUUCCAAUCUCACAGUAUGAAGGCUGAGGAUGCCAUGCGCCUUUAUUACGUCUGCACAGCCCCCCACUGUGGACACAGAUGGACAGAAUGAUGCUGUUUUUAUUUGUUUCAAAACAAUUACUUGUAUAAAAAUUCCAGGAUUUGUAUUGAGUUAUUUUUAUAGCUGUUGAAAUUUGUUGUCUGAUUGGUU